UGUCUGUCUGUGUGUCUGUCUGCCUGUCUGUCUGUCAGGAUGGUGACAGUCUCCUGGGAUAAGAAGAUGGUGUCCACAGACCUGGAGACAGGACAGACUCUGUGGAGGAGGCGUCAGGCCGGCCUGCUGACGUCCUGCAGCUCCUCUCCAGACGGCCGGCUGCUCGUCUGUGCUUCAGAUCCCCAGAACGGCGUUUACAUCAGCGACGCAGCCAGCGGACAGACGCUGCACCACGUCAACGAUCAUCACCGCUCCACCAUCACGCGGUGUGUCUUCGACCCCCAGAGCCAGCGCGUGGCCUCGGUGUCUGCAGACCGCAGCAUCAAACUGUGGGACCUGCUGGCUCACAAGACCACGGUCAACAUCCUCAGUAACCAUGGCAACGUGGUCUCUGACUGCUGCUUCUCCACCAGCGGGUACUUCCUGUGCACGGCGUCGUGGGAUAAGAGUUUAAAGCUGUGGGACCUGCAGGCCGGAGGGUUCCGGUCUCAGGGCGGGACGGCGCUGCAGAGAGGCCACGAAGGCAGCGUGAGUUCCUGCAGCUUCUCUGCCGACGGUAAGUCCUCGGAGGUCUUAGAGAGGUUUAAAAAGCUCUCUCCAACGUCUGUCAUAAUGUUGUCAGACACUUAGAAAGAGUAAGAUCCUUUAAACAUAGAAACACCC